UUCUAUUGAGCGUCGCCCCUUGGUGAUUUUAAGCUCUUUGACCACACUGUACUUUCGGAAAAUCUUCACCCUGGCCGGAGUUUUCAGUAAGUAUCGGUUUCAGUCAUCCAAUACUCCAUUUUCGUGUGGUCAAACAUCGAAACCGUGUAGAAAAACGUGCGGUUUUGAAAUUACUUGUGUUCGUUUGGACAGUAACGUUACUAAAGGUUGACGGUUCUGAAAUUAGACCCGCAUUUUGUCUUUUAACGAUGCCGUAAAGCCAAAUUGGGACCCUUUUCAGUCGUGUGUUUUCGCAGUUCACUGGUUUAAUGCACACUAACAUGUGGCCCUCGAGUGUUUUAACAAUAACAGUAUAUAAUUCAGCCCAGGACCAGCACUCUGCAGGCCAUAGGCGUGCUCAAACAUGCCUAAAUAUACAACAUAUGAUAUCCAUUGGCAGUGGGCGGGAUUCAUUCCUGCGUGCUGUGUGAAAUGAAACAUAAAACCUGAAAGAUUUACAAGAUUUACACACUCAUCAAACCAGCCGAGCGCAGGUAGAGCGGCACAGGUAUGUGUGUGACAUGGAGGAGGCUGUGCAAGGUUGUGUUGGGCUGGUGUAUGAUCUGCUGAUGGUCGUCUGUGUUGGGUUUCUGCUUCUGCGGGUCGCUCAAGGACGGUCAGUGAGGUGGUUUGUGCUUCUGCUGGUUUCUGGAGGGAUUUUAAACUGUUUGGUGCAUUCAAGUGCACUAAAAAUAGGACUCAUGAGUGUGCUUUGUAGUGUGGUCCACUAUGUAGAGCGAGAUGUCAUGAUGACUGCUGCAAACAAGGCUGUACUCAUCACAGGUUGUGACUCUGGGUUUGGUCAUGAACUGGCUCAGGUUUUGGACCGUGCGGGGAUGCGUGUGUUUGCAGGAGUUCUGGAUGAACUCAGUCCUGGAGCUCUGAAACUGAAGGAGUCUGCAUCUGUAAACCUCACCGUCCUGCAGUUAGACAUCACCAACAACACACAGAUCACACAAACGCAUCAGUUCAUCAAGAGCCAAACUGGCAAAACAGGACUCUGGGCUCUGGUGAACAAUGCGGGAGUGCUGGGAUACGUGUGCGAUGGGGAAAUUCUGCCAAUGAAAAUGUAUAAAUCGUGCUUGGAUGUGAAUUUCCUCGGCAGUGUCAUGAUGACACACACAUUUCUGCCUCUGAUACGACACUCCAGAGGAAGAGUCAUCAACAUCACCAGUAUGGCAGGAGAGGUUCCUCUUGUGGGGUUUGCAGGUUAUGGCGCAUCAAAAGCAGCGUUGAAUAUUUACAGCGGAGCGAUCAGACAAGAGCUGUCCCGCUGGGGUGUCAGAGUCAUCAUCGUUCAGCCCGGAGCUUUCAGAACCAAUAUCCUGGGCAGCAGUGAGCAGUGGGAGCGCGCUCAGGAGCAGAUCCUCAGUGGUUUAUCAGAGGAGGUGAAGGACUCGUAUGGUGAAGAAUACAUUCACUCCAUGCAGAAGCGGCUGCUGGAUAUGUCUUCAGCAUCAAGUGAAGACAAGGGGCCGUUUCUGCAGUCUUUAAAGCACGCGAUACUGUCCUCCAACCCGAAACACUUCUACUACCCCGGGGCUGGAGCGUGGGUGUUGUCUUUACUGUACAGAUACUGUCCGACGGCACUGUCCGAUAAAAUCUUCUCCGGGAUGUUUAUGAGCGGCGUCCAGCCUGCAGAACUCGCCACAGCGAUUCCACAUUAAACGGGCGGCUUUUAGGCGUUUCGCACAUUCGUGUACAUGAUGGGGAUCUUUUAGGAGGGGUUGGAAAUGCAAACGUAUGAAAUGCUGUUUAUUCGCUGAUGGCGUCUGUGAAAUCGCAGACAAUCGGCUGAAAUCUGAGGCACAUUAGAGCUUAUAAUGAUCACAGUGUGAAUUAUCAGAGGCACAAUCUGAGAUUCCUGCUGCAUUAUAUUCAUUCUUUUUUUAUAUAUAAUUAUUUUUUAGGGGUUUUUCACCUUUAUUUUUGAUAGGAC